AUGAAGUCAAUCCUCUUCGUAGCAGCUUUCUAUGCUGCCUUCCAACAAGGCCAAUCAAACAUAGCAGUUGGGACUGGUGGAACCACCACAUGCUGCACAUGUUGUACAGUUCCCGCACAACAACAGCUACAACCAAUCACAACCGCAGCUCCAGUUCCAGUACAACCCAUGGUAGCUCGACCCUUUAUGAUGCCUAUAUGUUGUCCAUGCCCUCCGCAAGCCCAGGCACAAAUGCCAUUACCAGCACCAGUACAACCAGAAGUUAGAAAUAUAUUUGUUCAUAUGCCGGCACCAACUACAACAAGGCGGCCAACGAAUAUUUACAUUCAUUUGCCUCCACCAGGAGCAAUGCCAUUCCCACCACCAAUGUUACCACCGUUCCAAUUUGUUGCACCAUUAGGGGCUGGCGCCGCAUCCGCCACACCUACUCCUAUUGGUGUUCCGGACAUCGUUCGAGGACCAUGCGGUAAGCUAUUUAUUUGA